AUGAAACCUACCUUGCUACUAACGUUGAUAGGCCUAUAUAAUUGGUCUUACGCUUUGGGUUUGUGGUUCAAGGCACCCUCGUACCAUCCAGAACCAAUCGAUACUACAGUGUACUCCAAUCUCUUCACAUAUGCACAUCUUAUUGAUAUUGCUUACUGCGUGGAUAAGUUUCACCAGAUAGGAGAGCCAUUUGAUUGUGAAUUGGCAUGCUCCUCUAGGUUUCCAAAUAUGACUCUUGUGAAGCAAUGGUAUUUUGAUGAUUCUGUGGCUGGCUACAUAGCCACCACUCACUCCAACAUCUUCCAGUACAAAGACCCAAGCACGAUAAUGUCUCGCAAAAAGAAAACAAUCGUGGUGUCCUUGCGAGGAACACGCUCUCUCUAUGAUACUAUUGCCGACUUGAAGGUGGAUAUGGUGUCGUACUCCAAUUUGAGAUACUCACUUCCAUAUUGUGGACUGAAUUGUAAGAUCCACAUUGGAUUCAAUGAGUAUUUUCAGAACACCAUCAGGACUAUCCACCUGGUGCUAGAGAACGAGUUAGAAGACCUGGAGGAUUACGAAUUGGUCAUGUUGGGCCAUUCCAUGGGUGGCUCUGUGGCUUUACUAUUGGCCCUUCACUACCUUGACUUGGGAUAUGGCAAGAUCACCUUAGUGACAAUGGGUCAGCCACUUGUAGGGAACCGUGAGUUCACAACUUGGGCAGACUAUGUUUUAGGGAGCUACAUGCCCGUUACACACAAUACCUUCGACCGUAUCUAUCUUCGGGUGGUCCAUAAGGGCGAUAUUGUCACCACCAUACCGAAGAAUGGAGGUAUGCUCUUUGAGCACUACUACCAAUUUGACAACCAGAUCUACCUCAACAUUUCCGCGAGAGAUACCAUGCCAGGGCCUCAGCAAGUGGUGGACUGUUUUUCAGGGGAUAACUCUCGGUGCAUAGCCAAAGACUUCCAGGCUCGAGACUUGAUCUCGAACAAUUAUUACGAGAACCACAACACCUAUUUCCGCCGGCUUGGGCUUUGUGGGAUACUGCCGGUGUGA